AACAUACAAAACCCGCUUCUCGAAGUGUAAAUUAUCAAACUGCAUAUUUAUUUGCACAAUUGAAACGUAUUCAAUAGAGAUUCGAUUUUCUGUAGAAAACUGACAUUACAAAACUCUCACUAGCGUUGCUUAUCGCCUCGGUUUAAAAGUUUCGAAGAACCGUUGUUUCAUCAAUUUCCCGCUAUUUGCCAUGGUUAGAAGUUGUAUUUUCUUUCUUCUUCUUCUCAUAAUUUCGGUACUCGCUGACCCAAAAGUAGUGAGUCUGUCCCAAACGAAUUCCCAUGGAUCAUUAACAUUUACUGUGGAGAGUGGAGGACAAAUCUAUCUAGCAUCCGGUGAUGACAACCAGCUGUUGAAAAAUAUCCAGCUUACAACGGGAAGUACGACUAUCCCAUUAGACCAGUUGAAUGUUUUUAAUAAUGAUGGUACUCCAAAAUUCAUCACUGCAACUGGAAGUGUGAUCCUUACGACUAGUAACAAUGCCACGACAAGCGCUGGUCUAAGUGGGUACAUUUAUGUCACUACCUAUCAGCAAGCACAAGAUCCGACCUUCUCUGUCUGCGUCCUCAAGACCACGCAAUCAAUUCGCAAAACCACUAUGAAAUCGACUGUGGUAGUUCUGAAUACUAUUUUAAAACAAAAUUCUGUUGACUAUACUAUGCCGCGGAUGACGUCAUAUGUUACAAAAAUCAAUAGUUCCCCGAAUACAAAUCUCAAGUUUCACUGGGAUAUUCCUGCUUUAAGCGGGGAAGAUGGAACUAAAAAUGUGUUUUUCCAAAAUCCAAUUGUGUUGAGAAAUGAAGAGGGACCAUAUAAUGUAUUCUUCGACAAUGUAGAGCCCCUUCAAGUUGGCCUUAACUAUUGGUACUUCACCUCAAACGGACCUGUUAAUAUGUUUUUAGAGAACAAAUAUAUCAGUGAUAUCAGCUAUUGGACAACUGCAGUUAACACAACAGGCCUUAUAAUGAAUAAAAGAUUCUAUACCAACCAUAUCGUCUAUUUCCGAUCGGAUGCAACAAGGUCUGCAGUAUCUGGGGUUUUCGAAUCUGCAUAUUUAACCAGUUCUCUCACAAUCAAAAUUAGUGGACAAUGCUCAAGUUUUGGGGAAAAUUUUAACAAUCAAGAAAAUAUAACACAAGCGACAGCAUGGGUGGAGUUGAGGCCGGUAAACAUGACGGUCACCUCAACAUCUGUGUUCCCAGGAACGUUUUACAUUCAAUAUUUCGCGUUUGCUGGUAAUGAUCCAGCACCGAAGCCUAUGUGUUGAUUUUAACAUAUUGUUUUUAAUACGAUAACUAUAAAUGAUUUGAAUAUGUAG